CGCAUUGGGCGUAUGAUGAUUUUGUUGACAUGUCUGCCGCUGGCUUUUAAUGAUUAUUUCUGCGGGUUUUAGUGCUUCACUGAGCGUGUCCCCCCCCCCGCGGUCCGGCCUGAUGGAAAACCCGAGAGACCUGGUGGAGCGUUCGUCCAGGAAGCGCCGCGACUCCUUCGGGAUGCUGGACGGUCUGGAGGAGGACCGGAGCAGCUGCAGCACCGAGUCCAGCGGGGGGAGUGGAGCCUCCAGCCCAGAGGACAGCGAGGACGAAGAGUUAGGAGGAGGAGGAGGAGGAGGAGGAGGGGGAGGAGUGACCCAACUCACCUCCACCUCCUCCUCCUCCUCCCUGACGCUCAUCAAGACUAACGGACAGGUGUACACCUACCCUGAUGGCAAGGCAGGCAUGGCGACUUGUGAGAUGUGUGGGAUGGUGGGUGUCCGAGAUGCUUUCUACAGUAAAACCAAACGUUUCUGCAGCGUCUCGUGCUCCAGAAGUUACUCCUCCAACUCCAAGAAGGCCAGCAUCCUCGCCAGACUGCAGGGGAAGCCUCCCACUAAGAAGGCCAAGGUUCUGCAGAAACAGCCUCUGAUGAGCAAACUAGCUGCCUACGCUCAGCACCAGGCCAACCAGCAGAGUGCCGUCAGGAAGAGCGUAACCGUGGAGGUGUUUGACUGGGGUCGUUACCUUGGAGACGGAGAUGUGAUGGGAGCGCCGGUCAGCUGUUUCAAACAUGUCCCGAUGGGGAAGUCGUGGGGCGACAUCAGUGAAGGCGUCCGGGUGGAAGUCCCGAACACCGACAGCAGCCUGCCCAUGAAGGUGUACUGGAUCGCUGGCAUCAUCAAACUGGCCGGUUUUAAGGCCUUGCUGCGGUACGAGGGUUUCGACAGCGACUCCACCAGAGAUUUCUGGUUGAACCUGUGUGUGCCGGACAUCCACCCGGUCGGCUGGUGUGCUGCUGGAGGAAAACCUCUGGUCCCCCCUCAGACCAUCCUGCACAGGUUCACCAACUGGAAGACGUUCCUGAUCAAAAGACUGACGGGAUCCAAAACGUUGCCGCCGGACUUCUCCUCCAAGGUCCAGGACAGCAUGCAGGUUCCCUUCAAGAAGCAGAUGAGGGUGGAGGUGGUGGAUAAAACUCACCUGUGUCGGACUCGGGUCGCUCUGGUUGAACAGGUGAUCGGCGGCCGUCUCCGUCUGGUGUACGAGGAGUGUGAAGACGGGACGGACGACUUCUGGUGUCACAUGUACAGUCCUCUGAUCCACAGCAUCGGCUGGUCUCGCUCCAUCGGACACCGCUUCAAACGAUCCGAUGUGUCGAAGAAGCUGGGCAGCCAGACGGACGCUCCAGGACAGCUGUUCACCAAGGUGAAGGAGGUGGAUCAGAGCGGCUCCUGGUUUGAAGACGGGAUGAAGCUGGAAGCCAUCGACCCCCUGAACCUGUCCGCCAUCUGCGUGGCCACGGUCAGGAAGGUGCUGGCAGACGGGUAUCUGAUGAUCGGUAUCGAUGGUUCGGAGGCAGCCGACGGUUCUGACUGGUUCUGUUAUCACUCCACCUCUCCCUCCAUCUUCCCCGCCGGCUUCUGUGAGAUCAACAACAUCGAGCUGACCCCCCCCAGAGGUUACACCAAUCUUCCCUUCAGAUGGUUUGAGUAUCUGAAGGAGAGCACGUCUGUAGCUGCGCCUGUCAAUCUCUUCAACAAGGACGUCCCUAACCACGGUUUCCGUCCCGGUAUGAAGCUUGAGGCUGUGGACCUCAUGGAGCCCAGGCUGGUCUGCGUCGCCACAGUGACCCGCAUCGUCCACCGGCUGCUACGGAUACACUUUGAUGGCUGGGAAGACGAGUAUGACCAAUGGGUGGACUGUGAGUCACCUGACCUGUACCCGGUGGGUUGGUGUCAGCUGACCGGGUACCAGCUGCAGCCUCCUGCCGUUAAUGCAGGUUCCAGAGAAGCUGCAUCCAAACAAAGGAAGAAAUCCCAGCAGUACAAGGGACAAAAGAAAAAGAGAAAGUUACCCCUCGCUAAGCGACCUGUCAGCCUCUCCAGCGGCGUGGUAACGGGUGUCCCCAGGAGCCUAUCAGGAGACGAGAACGAGACGCCGCCAAACUACCCAUCACCCCCUACUCCUGCCUCAGCAACCCAGCCCCCCUCUGCUGACCCAGACAGCAGUCCAAACACCGAGGGGGGGCCAGGUUCAGAGAUUAAAGACGAGAACCUUGAAGGAACAGAGUUACCUCCUAAAAGGACUGAAACAGAAACCAAUGGAUCUUCUGGAGAAUUCUUCAUCAACCAGGACCAGUAGGCCCCAUCUAUCCAUCUCUGCCUUUAUCUAUCCAUCCAUCCAUCUGUUUACUAGCUAAGUAAUGCACUUUGCUUCGGUCAGAAGUCAUAAAGCAUAUUGGGCUUUUGUGUCCGAAAUUGCCUCCAUGCCUCCAUCUUAACAUACACCAAUUAACAUACUCCUCCUCAAGUCUUUCUCUUGGUGUUCGGUCAGACCAGAAAGUGGCACAACAAAAUUCCUCAUCACAAAAUCCUAGGUUGUGUUGAAAGCUUGUUGAUGAAGUUGAGGCUACCGUUUCGUAGUCUACAUUCUUCCCACUUUGUGGAUAUUUUAUAAUUAUUUAAAAUAUAGCUUUUUUAAGAUAGAAGAAGAUUUUUUCAUCCCCAAAAACGAAAUUGCACUUCCUUAGAUCCUCAUUUUGGGAAAUAUUUUACAGACAAUAAAAUUGAACAGGUAACUAAAUAAAUAAAAAAUAUGAACAAGUUGCAACUAUGACCUAACGAUAACGUAGCGAUAACGAUAACGUAGCGAUAACGUAGCGAUAACGUAGCUGGCAAGCUACUGGGAAAGUUUUAGUGCUAACCAGCCACAAUAGCGCCUUUCUAGUCUUUACGACCACUAAGCGUUUUUACACUACAUCACAUUCACCCUUUCACUCAUUCAUAAACUGAUGGCAGAGAGACUAAGCCAACUGCACAUCAGAAAGGAAAUGAGAUUCAUACAUUUACACCCCGAUGGCACAGGAACCAAAAGCAAUUUGGGGUUAAGUGUCUUGCCCAACCAUCGACUCUCCGGGUUAGUAGGAGACCGCUCUAACCCGGAACUAAAGCUGCAUAGAGAGCCCAAGUCCGUCCCUUCCGCCCCAUGGGACCUCAUUUCGGGAAAAAUAUGCAUGGGAGUCAACAGUGAAACACGAUUUACGUUUUAAUCCCGCUUGAACUGUGUCCUGAAUUACAAACAUGAUGUUUGUCAGAUUAAAAUAUAAUUUAAGUCGAGAAAGUCGCAGUUUGUUGUAAAACUGUUGGAAGUAACGUUAUAAGACUGUGAAAUUACAUAAUUACAAAGACCACAAACCCAAAAGUCGCGUAUGUGACGUCACAGCUGUUUCUCUUAUGACUAAAGCUAACGUUACUGAAGCUAAUGAAGUGAACUGAAGCUAACGUUACUUAAGCUAACGUUACUGACUCCUACGUCAUUGAAGCAAAGGACCGGUAAAGUAACAUUUAGUUUUGUGUUAAAACCGCUCAAUGAACUACAUCUCUUGUCUAGCACAAUAUACGUCACCAGUAUUUUUAGCACUAUAAUGCUAAGCUAACGUUUAUUGCUUGCUUGCUACUACCUUGGUAACUUAGCUUCCACGCACAGAUGUAUCUCACCUGAUGUGUUUAAUCCAACAAUUCCUGGUCCUUUCAUCUUCAUCAUCAUCAUCUUACACAUGGAAGUUCUUUGAUGUUAUCUUCACUAACGUUAGCUUCAGUCACUGGGUGAACAGUUAUAUCACAUAUCCAACUUUUGGGUUUGUGGUCUUUACAUUUACAUAUUUUCUUAUCCUUCGACUGUUUUACGACAAACUGCAACUUUCUUCAAUUAAAUUAUCUUAUAAAAUAACAAAUAUCAUGUGUAAAAAAUUUGUUGUAUUGUGAAAUAAGGUCCCAUGGUGGUCCACCCAGAAGGGGCGGGACUUAUGUUCUCUACAGCCCACCAAGCUGCUAACUGCCACAUAGCUCCGCAGUCUAGAAGUGUAACAGAGCUAAAGUGUUCGCUUAUCAUCACUUUUUGUUAUAAAAGUGUUUUCAAUCUGUUUCAUUUAAAGCUUCAGGUUUACCAGCAACAAUAGACCGCUAAGCUAACUAGCUUAGUCGCUAACAGGAUAAAAAGCUCUGUUUAUUUAACAGAUUAUGUAUUUUCACGUAUGUAAUUUCUUUUGAAAUGAAUUGAUUUUCAGCUGAAAUUGUCAUUGAUGCUGGUGUGACUGGAUCCUUUCCCAAACUCCUUCAUGUCAUAAUCCUUUUUUGUGGCUUUCCCAAAAACAAAAUACCCUUUCACAGCUACACGGGGGGGAAAUAUUGCUCAUAGACUCUUCAGAAUAAGCAAAAAGGGCAAAGAAGAACAGAAUACAGACGCAAAUAAAGAUAAAGAAGAAGAAAAUGUGGGCAGGUAUGUCGGUGGGUAGAUAACAUGAUGAGAAAAACUUUUGUAUGAUGAAUUUUUCAACGCCAAGAUCUUUGUUGUUUGUUUGUUUGUUGUACGUGUUUACAUGGUGUUUUCGAGAGUCAAAACUCUUGACGUAAAAAUACUGGAUGCUGUGUAAUGUCAUGUUGAGAUUAACAGUCAUUUAAAAACUUUGUGUGUUUGAUAAUGUGAGUGCUGUGGUUUGGAUUCUGGAUUGCUGAGUUUUUAGGAUGCCACAAAAUAAGAAACCAGCUAACAAGAGCCCACAGCAGUUUAACCGUUUUUGUUUUUUGAGCCACGGUUAAAAAGUCUGCAUUUUUAUAGAGUCAUGUUCAGCAGGUCAAAGUAUCUGAGAUAAGAAAUAAUGUAUUAGCUAGAGUGUAUUGUUAUCUGGUGUUCAGCAUCAGUUUGGUGGAAAGUUUAAAAUCAGCCAAAAGUGUGUGAAGUUUUGCUGAAUCAAAAUUCUUCUCUUAAUCAGAAACAAACUUUUUUGUUCCAAAAAUAAGUUCAGUCAUAGCUACAGGGCUCUGUCAGAGUAACUGUAAUAAAUAACUUGUACAAAAAAUUGCAAUAAGAGAUCAAUGUAGAUCUGAGUAUAGUUUAAAAAUUCCAUUCUUGUGCCAGUAUGAUAUUUGAGUUUCCGGACCAAUGAGAAAAUAGUUCAACACCUCAUAGUUCGAUACCAUUUUAUAUAUAUUUAGGCAUUUACCAAAAAGUCAUAACACUUUAUAUAGAAAGUUUAAUGUUGUCUUCACCCAAGCUAUAAAAUAUGAUAUGUUAAUAUAGGCCCGAGUUCAAGAUCUGAUAAUCAAACUGACUGCUGAAGAAGGUCAAGUAUCGGAAAUUGAAGCCAAAUAUUUAGUCAUAUUCUUAACAUACCGUAAAACUUCAGUUAGACGCCUGUCCUGGUUACUGGCCUGGUGUGGCUACAUGUUUUGACAAAUAACCGCAGGUCUCAAUUAGAAGCCUGGUUUGGUUUUUAUAGAAGUUAAUUGAAUGUAUAAAACCUCUUAAAGCCCACCGGGUCACCUGUUUAAGCAUGGCUGCUUAGACUGUGCACACUAAUAUAUAAACGUUUAAACUUGUGUCAAAACAGACAUACUACACAGUUACAUCAGUUAGAUUCUCUACAAUUCAAUCGUUCAGUUCAUUUUUAAGGGAGCCUUGAGCACCAAAGUAUAAUUCAUUAAGAUUUACUGGUAUGGUAAAGGAAUUAAAGUCCCAAAUAAAGGCCGGGUGAGUUAAUUGUUUUAAGCAAAGAAAAGCCUGGGAUACUAAUUGGAAGUUUUGCGGUAUUCAUAAUGACUUGUUCUUUUAUCAGGUAAUUCCUGAUUUCCUCAUAAUUUUAGCAGUUUUUAAGUUUGGUGAAGUCGUGACCACUCACGGGGCUAAUUGGUGAACAAUUGUAGCUGGAUAGCCAACAGCUAACACGCUAGCCAGUGGCGAACAUGCUAGUAGUAGUAGUAGUCACAAUAAGUGUCUUAGCUUCUCUCUAUUUUCUCCGUAUUGUUAAGUUUACUUCCCUUCUCAGGAUUGUAGAUCAUUUAUUCAUUAAAGAGUUACUGAAGAGGAAAAAAUAGCUCUCCAAGCUAGCUUUCUCGUUAGCCCAGUUGCUAACGGCAUAAGGAUUUAUUACUAAACAGAUUACUAAAGAGCAGUUUGGAUGUCAGCAACAAAGCUAAUAUGACAUGCCAGCUUCCUCUGUUUUUGACUUGCCUGCAUACUUUGUAGAAAAACAUGAUAAUGUCUUUCCAAUUAAGGUAUCAACAAAAAAAUUACAUUGGUAUCAGUGCUGAAACUCGGGUAUCGUAUUGUCUGGUAUUUAAAACCUGGUCCAACCUUAUACUGUUUUUGAUACUCAAAUCAAACACAAAUCGAUUUUUAAUGUACAGGUGCAUCUCAAAAAAUUUGAAUAUCAUAUCAAUCAAAACUUCACUUUCCUAAAAUGUGUUAGAAUUUCAGAAUAAAAAAAAUAUAAUCACAAUGAACUUUUCUACAAUGUUCAAAUUUUUUGAGAUACAUCUAUAGUUUUUUAAUAUAGAGUCACACAAACACUGAAGUUGAUGAAGAAAUUAAAUGCACAGAGUCAGACUUCCUUCGAUAAAUAACAAAACACUUCUUGGACAGCUAAGAGUAGUGAUGUCUUCACAUGCUAACUAUAGAUACCUCAAUAAAAAGUAUAUUAAAUAAUGGAUAUGAAUGAAUAUAACAAUUAAGAAUAUUUAGUAUUUCAUUGGAAAACAAAAUUGCAUAAUAUGGUGUAACAGAGAUCAUUAAAAAUAACUGAAGAGUAUAUUUGAUUUAAAACAUUCUAAUAAUAAAGAUUUUCAAGUUCUAAAAACUGGUAGAUAAAUAACAGGUUUGUUAUAAAGUUAUUGAGUUACAGGUUCACAAAGAAAUCAGAAUAAAUAUGAGUUUCAAAUUUUAAUACUACAGUAUUAUUUUGAUUCAAGUUAUUUAUCAUAAAAGGGAGGGUGUUGCAUUCACCAAAGGGAAAAGAUGUUAUUUAUAACUUCCGUAACCGUAAUGACUUCAGACUUUCCCAGCUGAGUUUAGCUGAAACAUGUGUGUGACAGCACACACCUGUGUGACAGCAUGCUAACGUGCUAGAGCUAGCACGUUAACAUGCAUUUUAAACAAAUGUUUGAUAUUUACAUGCUGAAAGAUUUAGCUGGAAAGGAUUCCGUAAUGUUACAGUUAUGUCAAUAUACACUCCAUCACCCAUUCAGUUAAAAAAUGAUGAAAAAUCAUUGAAGAAUGCAUUUCUCGUUUUUGGUGUGAUUCUUGGCCGCCUCCCGCAGACUUCAUUACCCACAUUGGAACCACGACAUUAGAUCUUUUGGGGCUGAGUGUGGGACAGACUGCUACGGUGACUGCACUUUUUCUAGCAUAUUGGCAAGUCUGUGUUAGCCUUCAUCUCACUGCUGUGGCUGACAGUUGACCAUUUAAGGAAACAAGGCUUUUCGUUUUUCAGGUAUCAUGUAGGAUAAUAAAAUGCUGAACAGGUGUGAAUUUCAACCCGCCAUUUGCGCAGUGUCACCAGACAUUUCACCAGAAUCAUAAGAGUGCUGCAGGGAUGAUGUAUAUUUGUAGGUCAAACAGAAAGUGCACUGAUUUCCCUCGACAAAAAGCCAGUGGGAUUUUUCCACUGGAUUUUGGAUUAUUGCAGAAAAAUUUGCUCUGUGGCAAACAAAAGGUUAUUAUGCUUUCAAGUUUUGAUCAGCAAGAUAAUCCUUCUACCACUUUUAUUGUUUUUAAAACGUUAAAGCAAUCGCUAGAAGUAAAGACAAGAAAAGAAUUUCCAGGUUUUAGGACUUCUAGAGAUCCCAAGUCCCCUCCCUUCUGCCACACCGAAAAAAUUUUUUGUCAAUCACGAGAGACAAAGUUUUAAAAUCCUGUUUGAAUUGAGUCCUGAAUCACACAUAUGACUUUUGUCAGUGUAAUUAAUAAUUUAAGUCAAGAAAGUCGCAGUUUUGUCGUAAAACAGUAAAGUAACAUUUAGUUUUGUGUGAAAAAUGCAGUGAACUACAUCGCUUGCACAAUGUACGUCAGCAACAUGUUAGCGCUAUAAUGCUAAGCUAACGUUCAUUGCUUGGUUGCUACUAGCUAGGUAACUUAGCUGUGUUCCAGGCACAGGUGUAUCUCACCUGAUGUGUUUAAUCCAACAACUCCCGGUCCUUUGCUCGUUUGACUCAGUGACGUUAGCUUCAGUAACGUUAGCUCCAGUCUUUGACGUCACAUAUGCGACUUUUAGGUUUGUGGUCUUUGUAAUUACGUAUUUUCAGUUUUAUACUUUUUAAGUUUUACGACAAACUGCGAUUUUCUUGACUCCAGUUAUCUUUUAACCUGACAAAUGUGUGUAAUUCAGAGCACAAUUCAAGGAUCAAAAAAUUUCUUGCGUGUUUUUUUUCCAAAAAUAAGGUCCCUGGCGGUCCACUGGAAGGGACCUAACCUAGGCUCUCUAUUCUUGCAGCACUCUAUUGGGUGUCAUCCUCUUAGGACCAAGAAUGUAUUAAAUUUCAUGAACUAAAUGUUGAGCUUUCAACCACAUCUUGUGGCCCUUCAGAAGUAUAACAUUUUACAAAAGCUCAGUUUGUUGCAAAGAAAACGCUGCCUUAGUGCGUAGGGAAGAAAAAUCAAUAAAGAGAAAAGAUGCUUUUAAAGAUAGUAUAUAUAUAAAAUAUAUAUAUAAAAAUAAGUUUGUUUAUGUGGACAAAACUGAAGAAAGACUUUUGAAACGUGACGUGUUCUUCCAGCGUCAGUAUCACUUGAUUUAAAUCUGUGAUGUUCAGUGUUAGUUUUGCCUGAGCUUGUGUAUAUCUGAAUAUGCCGAGUUUGUAGAGACAAUAAGAUGGCAGUAAUGUGAUUUAUAAAUGCCAUGAGGAAAUUUUUUAAUUUUUUUUCAAUUUUUUGAAUAUCGACUAUUGGGUAGUUUGUGUGCAUUUGAUUCAAACACCAGUCUCAACCUUGUUUGUGUCUCUGGAUGCGAACUUGUUAUCAGUGUUUGUAGUAAUGUUUACCAAUCAAAACUUCUCCAGUAUCACCAAUGAUUAAUCAAAAGCAGGUCCAAUGGCCUUAAAGGUCCCCAGUUUACACAUAGCUAGCAGUACAACUAGAGCUACAGUGUAAGCAGCAAUCUAAUAUAAUUAGUAGUGUUAAUUUCAUCAAUGGAAACUAUGACCGCAAAUAUUAGUAUACCUUUAUGUCACACUAAACAAUAGACUAGCAAAUUUGCCAAAGUAACAUUAAAAAUUGAACUAAAACUAGUUUCUAAACUAAAAGUUUCAUUUAAAGACCUGGUAAAAACAGAACCUUUCACCAUCCAAAAAUAUCUCUUCAGAAGUCGAUUCAGCCAUUUAGACAAUUUGCACUCACAUUUUCAGUUAACGUGUACGCUAGUAGCUAAUAUUACUCCUUAUCUGACUAAAACAAAAUCUAAAUCAAGUGCCAAAAUUACCAUUGAAAUUGUAAACUAUUUUAAAGUAAUCUAAACCCUGGAUGCCCAUUUCUGGGAAAGAAAAUGAAAAAUUUAGACAUGAUAAAAAUAGAAAUACUCAUAGGAAGUCAGUUUUACUUUGAAGUUUCCAAUCAUAUGAUUUUUAGAGCCCAACUGAUAUAAAAUUUUUAAGACUGAUACCAAUUUUGAUAUUUAAGGAUUUUAAAAUACGAUAUUCCGAUAUAUUGGCCGAUAUUUUUUUUUCUUCUUUUCAGAAACACAUAACAUAAACAAAGAUUAGAUUAUCUCUAACAUUUGUUAUGUGUAGUUAUGAGACCUAACCAAGAUAACGUGACGUAUUGCAGUUUGAAAUCAAACUUUUUUAUUGUUUUAAAUAAAAUAAAAGUACAGCUGAUUGCUGUGUUUUGUGGUUCCAAACAUGUGUGGACAAACUAUGCAGCGGAAAAACUCAUAAGAAGAUUGAAGAAUCAGUCUCUGUUUCUUUUUUAAUUGUCAUUUAACCUGCUUUUAUAAACAGCAAUACUGAUUUAUGUGCAAUUAGCUCAUAUCGGUCGAUAAUAUUGGCACGCAGAUUUAUUGGUCUGGCUCUAAUAAUUUGAAUAUUUCGCUUUCCAAUCUUAGAUCUCUUAAUUUUUACUUAACUUAUUGUCUCAUCAUUCUUACAUCUAACUCAAAUUUUUGACUCACUAUUACAUACUAUCUUACAAUCUUUACUAAGUAACUCCAGAUUUUGACUUUGUAGCUCAUAAUUUUGACUUAAUAUUUCAUAACUUAGACUUUUGUUUUUGUCAUUUCUAAAUUUUUAACUGUUUUCUUGACAAAAAUGAGCUUCCACACUAAUCUAAUCUAGGUGCCUGUUUUCCAGGAGGGAAAGGCAUGAUCAUAACGCACGAAUAAAGUGCUAUAGGGCUCACAGUGUAAUCAUGAGUAACUUGCGUGUGUUUUAAACUCGACAGUGUGUGCACGCAUCAAUCCGCACACUCAUAUAGUAGCUGUUUUUCUAAAUUUCACACUUGUUACUGGCACUACUGUGUGUCGUCUGUUUGUGUUUGUUGUGUAUUUGUCCGUGAGUCUCCAAAAAUGUCAAACUGUCUCAUUUGUAUUAUGGUGCUAUCUAUUGAUGAUAUAUACACAUUUGAUAAAGUUUUUAUGGAGUGAUUUUGACAAACUGUCUGUUGACUGUCGACCCCGGUGAGGAACUUGUAUUUUGGAUGCAGAUUUUGUCUAUUGGAGAAAAUUAUGUGUUAUGGGUGAAAAUAUCAAAGUUUAUGGAUUUAAAUCCUUGAAUUCUGCAAUGUUCCCCGUCAGUUUGGGAUGUUAUGUGUGUCUGUCAACAAAGGAAAGGAGGAUUUCAUGGGUUUUAUAGGUUUUGUGGGGGUUUUAAAGGGACUUACUAAAGUGGCAGUGUUUUCUUAAGACUGUGGUUUGGGAUAAUGUUUCAAUGAGUCUGGAAGAUCAGCUGUGGUUGCUUUUGAAACCAAGACAGGUUCAUUUGCUUGUCUAACCCUUGUGUUUCGUUUCAAUUUUAUCUAUUCUGAUUCUACUUAUGGAAUCUGGUUCUUAUUGAAUCAACAUUUUUUGGAAAUUUAGUGACGGUUCCAACUUGGAUCUGGUUUUGAGAUACCCAACCCUAAUAACGAGAGGAAGUUGUAGUUCGCUUCAUGCUACUGACAAAAAGCUUUACAUGGUGGAGUGCUGAGGAUGAUUUUUGGAGUCUCAGUCUGAGGAAAUAAGCUGCUCUCAAGUCUGAAGAUAAUUUUAACUUUUAACUUGACAUAAUGCAAAAAUUCACAAACCUGACAAAACUACUAGCAACCACAGCUGCUCUCUGAUUGGGCUGCGUUUGUCCACAUAAUUUGAAUUUGAUCUUCCUUCCGUAAAGCUCAUAAUCAAGCUUCUGUAUUGUUUUCUUGCCGUUGCAGACGUGUCCGAUCUGUAAAUGUAGACUUUGCAGUACUUCACAGGUAGCCUUCAAAACCUGCAAGACCGAGCCAACAAAAAAAACAGAAUUUUCAUGAAGCUAAAGUUUGCAGAGCCAAACCCAGACUGAUAAAGUUUUAUUUAUUUGUCUUUAAACACAUGUGCCAUUGGAUAAAAGAAGUUGAGAUUUUAAUCUGUGUUCGAUACUGUUAAUGUCCAUUUGGUCCACAUGUUCGUGCUGUGAACAUGAUGUUAACUGAGCUCUUAUCAGCACAUACAAAUGUUUAAAAAAAUCUAUAUAUAGAUAUAAAUCUAUAUACUGUACGUGUAUGACAAAUGUAGUUAUGUACUGAUGUUAACUUUCAUGAAGCUUUUUUUUUAAUACAUUGUGCAAUUUUUGGCAGCAUGAUUGUGAAGAAAUUAUUACAUUUAGAUUAUUCACUUUACAUUUUUAUGCAAUAAAAACUGUUCCGAAAAUAA